CUAUAGUGAGGCUGUGUAUUCGGAGCAACUAUUUGUGCGCUGUCGCAUUAUUACCGUGAGCCGUACGGACGGAUUGUAUUUAGGAGCAACACUAUGAGGCUUAUUAUGGCUCCAGCGCGUGGCACGUUCCUGCUGCUGUGCUGCCUGCACUCCCUGAUUCCUUUCUGUGCGGCUGAUGACGAGGAGGAGGAUGACUGCAAAAAACCUGGCUGCUCCCAAGGUACAAGCUGGGUGAACCUCUGGUAUGUCUGGCUGAUUCUGGUGACUAUCUUUUUGCUUCUGCUCUGUGGGACCACAGCAAGUUGCAUCAAGUUUUGCUGCAAAAAAAAGAAGCCUCCCGUGCAAACCUUUCAGAAUCAUCCCUGCGAAGUGACGGUCAUUGCUAUAGACAACGACAGCACCAUUCACAGUACUGUUACCUCCUACAGCUCUGUGCAGUAUCCUCAUAUGUUCCCAUUUGUUGACCCUGAUCGAAGUGCAAUGUCCCCUCCUGCCUACAGUCUGUAUGCCAUGGAACUACCGCCAGCUUAUGAUGAAGCCAUAAAAUUGGCCAAGACUGGCAAUGAAGUUGGCCCCUCUGCUUCAGCCCCGAAACUUGAAGGAAUCACUGAGCAAGAGGGGCCAGAAGACGAGCCACAUCAAGAGGCUGGGCAGCAAACCUUCUCAAAUGUCGCUGAAUCGCCACCCUGCUAUGAGGAGUCGGAAGCUAGCCAGGGGCAGAGCCAGUCAUAGCUAACUAUAGAUUAGGAACUUGUUCUUCCCAGAGUUUGGCAUGUAUGACACGGAUUAUGUUCUGCUGCAGUUGCCAACAGGGGACAUUCAGUCUGUUUAUAGUCCUAUCAUCCACAUAUAAGGCAUUAACUCUCUAAAUCACACCCUUCUGCUCUGUUUCAAUAAGAGGAGGAAUUACUACCUCAAUCAUGGUCAAAGCUUAAUUAGUCAUUGGCAAUAGGUGAGGUCCAACUACUUAGGCCUAAGGUAGAGGAAUGCUGGGGCAGACUGUUUCCAUAAAAGUCUUGUUGGCUCCCAGUUCUUUACUGAAAACCAAGCUUGAGGUUUGCUGUGGGAUAUAAUAGAUUUAUUGGUUUGCACAGACCGAGAUAUAUUGCUCCAAUUUAGUGUAUUAUUGCAGAAUUAUAAAGCCUAGCAGCCUCCUGUGACUUAUAAGAUUCUGGGAACUGAAGUUGAGUAGUAGCCGGAGUACAACAACGCUACAUUUUGCUACAAUGUUGUACAGUAGGUCCAGUAUUCUUAUAAAUCGAUAUGGGUGUUUCAAUCGUAAGAGUAUACAUACAUGCUGAUGUAUUCAGCAGUUGCUUUGGGCUGGUUGAGAGAUGGCCGGAGCACUGCAGAAGAAUUGGCACCAUGUUUGCUUGACAUUCCAACUUUAUGUAACUUAAUAGUUCCUGCCUAUGAGUGUCCUCCUUCUUGCAGAAGGAUUCUUAUUUCUAGCAAAUUGCUGGUGUAAAUAAAAACUUGUUGCUGCGCAACAAAAUAUUCUCAUUCAGAUGUAUGUUACGCAAUGCUUUGUAUAUAUUUUUUUGAAAUUUAAAGAGUAUUUCGAGGGCUUAAGGGACAAUGGUUUACCCCUGCUGCCACUCAGAGGAGGUGUAAAAUAAAGUGUUGAAUUAUAUCCUUUUACUUGCUUAAAGUAUGUAUGUCUUGUGUGUGUGUGCUGUAAUAUAUAUAUAUAUAUAUUUUUUAAUUAAGUUGGUUCAACAAGCCAAAUAAAAACCAUAAUUG